AUGCAAAAGAAAAGGAGUGGCAGGAAUAAACCAGACCAUGAAGUUAGAAAAGGUACUAGAAAACUAAGAAAAAAAUCAAACUUAAGGAUAAAUAGAUCAUAUUCUAGUCAAUGCGACAAAUCUAGUGUAAAUUCAAAGUUAAUAGAGAUAUAUGUGAAACUUAAUGAUAUUGAUAAUUCUAGUAUAAAAUUAAGUUCAGUUGACGUUAAAAGUGCUCAAGAUGGCUUUAGAUAUAUUGGAUUUAGGUGUCGGAUAGCUGUUUCACGUCAUAAAUCCUUUAAAUCAAGAUCAAGUAACUCACCUGAUGCUUUUAAUUGGAUAGAAGGGAUAAUAAAGUACUGGGAUCCCAAAUUUAGAAUGUUCUUUAUACACUUCUUUAUUGCACCAAAUUCUAGUAAAUAUCCCUAUCCAAUUAGUCAAGAUAAAAUCUGUACUGAUUCCCAUGGAUGGAAAUAUCUUAUUACAUCUGAAAACUCACCUCCUGCUUGUGCUCAAAUUGAUGAAUUAGUAUUGUCUCCUUAUUCAAUAGAUAGAGGCUGGUUUGAACCAAAUCCAAUUACUUUGAAAUAUUAUGAAACAUCUCCUAUUUUUACUAAAGCUAUGGAAACAUCCUUAAAUAAUAAUUCACCAGAUUUAUCUAACACCCAUUCAGAUUGUUUUAUUUGCAGCUUAAAAUGUGAUAAGGAGAACAGUGAGCUUGUAACUUUAAAUAGCGAAGAAUACAAUAAUAAGCUACACUUUGAUAGUGUAAAAUCAGAAUCUAUAAUAUUAAAAGAUGUUCAUAACAAAUUGAACUUUAUUGAAGAAAACACCAGUAAUUCUAUAUAUUCUAAUUGCAAAUUUAAUAAUCUUGAUAACUUAAAUUUCGAAUUUUUAUCAGAGAACACAAAAGAAAAAACAGAUACAUCAUAUAAUGUAUUAAGUGAUUCUUUACAAAUACCAAGUUGCUAUAGGUGUAACUUCAAAUUACACAAAAAUUGUAUUAAUGAACAAAGUAUAUAUGAAGAUAUAAGAAAUCCUAGUAAGAAAACUUUGAUUCCUUUUUGUAAUAGGACAAAAAAGAGUUUAUUAAAGGAAGCAGAAUUUCAUAGAAACUAUAUUCGUGAGCGUCGAUGGUUAUGGAAACAAUUUAUUGUAACAAAAAAAUCAGAUCCCCAUAAUAAUGUGAAUAAGUUAGAUAGAAUAGUUAAGAAAAAAGGAGGUUCAGAUAUUAAUUAUAUAGGAAUUGGGUCUAAGAAUCCAUUUCUUGGGGGACAACUCCCUUAUGAUUUAGUUGAUGUAGAUGAAAUGGAGAAAAUACUUCCUCCUGAAGUAACUAAGGUCAUUACAGAUAAUUAUAUGAUGUCCCAUACAACUAUUAGGAGACUUUUAAUGAAACUUCCCAAUAAAAUGGGACAGCUAAUUGCUGAUCACCAAGUUAAAUUAUUUUGUCGUACUUAUCGUUAUAAAAAAAGAAAUAAGCUGUCACCUCUGGUACUUGAAAAUAUAGACAAUCAUAUAAAGUGUGAAAAAGAAGAUAUUAAUGAUGAAUUUAAUUUAGAGAAGAUAAAGAAAAGAGAAUAUAAUGUGUUUAGUGAUGUAUAUACAAAAGAGAAUAAUGGAGAAAAUAAAGAUAGUGAUGACGAAAUUGAUAGAACCGAAGGGAAUAAAGAUGCAUUAAAUGAAACAGAAAAUCUAGAUAAUAGUAUUAUUAAUGCUAUUAAUAAUAACUUAUUGAGAGACUCUCAAAAUAAUGAAGGGAAUUUGCAAGAUAGUGAUGUUUAUCAAGAUUAUUCUAAUAAGGAAAUAGAGAGUUCACUUUUAACCAAUGAAAACUCACUUAUAAGUGAAAAUAUGCCAAAUUUAUGUAAUGAUAAUAGCACAAUUCCUUUAUCUACCCUUCAUAAAUGUAAUGCAAGAGUUUCAGAUUAUAUAUACAGGGAUGAAUGUACCCAUCCACCUGAUGAUAUGCUCCGAUAUAUUUGUUCUGACUGUUUAGAAUGUAUUUACUGUAAAGAACCACUAAAGAAUAUUCCCCAACUUCUAAAAUCUACAGAAUUGCCAAAUAGAUCUAUAUUAUACAAGCAAAUACCAAGUAGAAUGGAGAAUUAUGUUUUAUGCAAUAUAUGCCAUGUAGGAUUUCAUGGAAGCUGCUCUAACCCAUUUAUUCCACCUUUAAUAGCUGAAAAAAAAUACUUUAAAUGUUCAACUUGCUGCUACUGUAGUCAUUGUGGUUAUAGAGACCACAAUUUUAUGGAUUAUGCUGCUUGGGAUACUACAUUCACUAGCUGUAUUCGAUGCUGUCGUGGUUUCGAAAAAGGUCAAUAUUGUGCUAUAUGUAGACAGAUUUGGUCAUCAUCUUGGGAUGGAGACUGGUUACAAUGUGACACAUGCAGAUUUUGGAUUCAUACAGAGUGUGAUACUAACUUAAUAAAUUCAAUAGAAGUAUUGAAAAGUCCUUCAGUAUCAUAUCAUUGUCCAGUAUGUAGAAGCAAUGAAAAAAAACCAAAAUAUCAGAAAAUAUUAGAUUAUUUAUUUUGUAUAGAUAAACACAAAGAUUUCUAUGUUGUACCACCCUCAAGCUAUCAAAAUUAUUGGAAAGUUGUUAAAAUUCCCAUGGAUUUUAUUACAAUUGCAGAGAGAAUUAAAAGUGACUACUAUACUGAUGAGAAAGAGUAUGAAUUUUUAAGGGAUAUAUUAAGGAUUAUACAUAAUGCUCAAAUAUCUCAUAUGCCAAAUCACAGAAUAUUUAAGUUAGCAAGUAACUUACUAAAAAAGUGUGUUAGUCUCUAUCAAGUUUUAUUUGGAAAUACUACACUAAAACAAAUAUUUUCAGAUUUAUCUAAAAGUGAAACCGAUAUAACACUUCUGACAUUACUUAAAUCAAGUGAUAUAAAUUUGUCUAUUGAAAAUUCUAAUCAGAUCAUAUCUGAUAUUCAAAUAUUAAAUAAUAAACUUAUUCUAAAUACAAGUUCUGUUAUAUCAUCAGAAGCAGCUAAUAACAAUGGAGGUUCUUUUAAAAACGAAAGUACAGAAAUUUCAAAUAAUGACGCUGAAUAUAAAUAUCUUAAAAUUCUUGAAGAUUUAUGUAGUAAAAUAAAACUUGUAGAUCCUAACAUGGAGAUGAGGAUAUCAAAGAUAAAACCUGAUAUUAUUCAAUGUAAUGGAGAAUUAUUGAUUUCCAAUAAUCUUACCCCUAAAACUAUAAAGUGUCAGAACUUAAAUAAAAAAAGAUCUAAUUUAGAACUUAUACAGGAUAAUCAAGUUAUUAAUAAAUUGCUAAGUUUUCAAUAUGAUUAUUCGAGUGACAUAUUCUCUAAACUAAGCCAAAAAGGUAUUGAAACUUUUUUCCCAAAAAACCAGAAAUGUACUAAAUGCAAUCUUAAAUUUGAAAAGUUGAUUUAUUGUAACAAAUGUGGCGAAGGUAUACAUUGGGAAUGUGCAGGUGGAGAAUACUACAAUGAAUUAUCUAGUGGGAUUUGUACUUAUACCUGUAACUCCUGUAAUAUGUGUUGCAUAUGCAAUAAAAUAGCUAGUGAAGAACCUAUUUUAAAGUGUUUAAGCUGUAACAAAUUAGCCCAUUAUUCUUGUAUAUGGAUUAAUAAAAGAAAACCAUUAAGAGGAACAAAUAAUGGAGAUGAUCUAAAAGCUGAUAAAAGUAAAGAAAACGAUUACAUAUGCUUGUGGUCAGUGAUAUCCUGUCCAGGAGGCUCAGACAUAUCGACUGCUUUGAUACAUACCCCAAUUUCAGCAAUUAAUGAAGAAGGAUACUACCAAUAUGUGACAGAUGCCUGGUAUAUGUGUAAUUAUUGCAUCAUGAAUAGAAAAAACUACAAUAAAAACUUUAAUGUUCAACUAGUUAGAUCUAGAAUGGAAUAUAUAUACUUUAAAGAUAAAUAUUUCGAAUAUUUUCAAAAUAUUUUGAAAGAUAUCCAAAAUACAGACUAUAAGAGAUACUUUAAGGAUCCGAAAAUGUUAGACUACCUUGUAAAUAUAGAUUUUGAUGAAUUUCAGUUCCCAAUUAACCAAGGGAAUGUUUUAAUAUGUGAUUUAUGCUCAAGGCCAGUUUUAGCAACUCAGCACAACGACUUAGCAGAUCUUUGUUUCAAUAAUCAAUUAUGUACGUUAAACUUGCCAUAUAUAUGCUCUUAUUGCAGGAAUACCUUGUCAAUUAAGACAAAUAACUCGGGAUUUCCUGUAGCACUGUCAUCACUGUUAUCUACAGUGCAAUAUCGCAAUAUAUUAACUGAGGAUAUUCGUAUUAUAACUCGGAUUUUACUGGAACCUUGUGUUAAUGCAAUUCUUAAUACAGCUGCGAAUAACCUAAAUAUUUUUAAAUUGAAUACUUUCCUCAAUAAAGUUGAUGAUAACACUUUACAAUCAUGUAUGAAUUCUAUUUUUCCAAAAUAUUUUGAUUCACCUUUUUUUGAAGAAUUAAUAUAUUCAACAAGAACUCCUUUUAUUGAGUGGUACACAUACUAUGUUGGAAGUGGUCGUAUGGAAACAUUCGCAAUAAAAAUAGAUUAUUUACGUUACUUAAUACCUGGUUUACCAGUUACAACAAUUUCCAGCCAUUUAUUUAAGAACAUUAUUUCAAAUAUUGAAGCCGUAGUAUUGCAAAACAAAGAUAUAAAAAAACCUAAUAUCAAAUGUGAUUACGAAUAUAACCAAGAAUAUACAAAUCAACUAUGGCAUCCAAGUUGCAAACAACAAGUUGAUUUCUUAAAUAAUUAUGUAAAAAUACUGUUAAAUAUAUAUGGGUCUAGCUCUAAUUUCAACUAUGAUCACUUUAUAGCAAGUAUUAUACUUGAAGCCCGUAUAGAUAUUGGCAUGAUUUUAGCUAUUAUGAGUUCUUUCAGAAGAUUUCUUCUAAAUCAAAAUCAAUUAAAGAUCCAAAAUACACAAGAUUUAAGUAAAAAUUUGCUUUUCAACAAAAAUAACACUAAUUCUACAAAUUUAGGUUUAUACAAUAAUCCCAAUGCACAAGUGUUCAGUUGCAAUCAUAAUAAAAUAAAAGAUGUUAUUAGUACUGGAAUUAAAUUUAUGAAUAAUUACUUGCGAAGUUUAGAUAUUCUAUAUUUUGGUAUUGGACAAAGUGAAUAUAAAACUAAUGAGGAAUAUCCCAAAUUAAGUCAUGGAAAUAUGCUACUAGUAAAUGAGUCUUCAUCUCUUCUAGUUUCACUAUAUAGUCUACUAUUUAUAUCAACUACAAAAAAAUAUCAGGUUAAUUCAGAAAUGAAAAACAUUCAAAUGUGUUUUUUUUGUAAACUAAGUAGUGAGAAUUAUAUUUUGGGACCUAUGAUAAAAUUCUUGGAUUCAUACUUUUUACAUAAAGAAUGCAUACUCUGGUCACUACCAUUUAUUUUAGAACCUAUCUUAAACUCUGUCGGAGUUGGAUAUGAAUCAUAUUUUGAUGUAAACAAUGAUGUGCACAAAACUUCAUUAAUAAAUGGUGAUCACCCAUCAACAACUCCAAAUAUUAAAAAGUGGCACAGAACCUUUGGAGUUACAAACUGGCCAUUGCUAUCAAAUCCACUACAUAUUCAGACCAAUGACCUGAUUGUAACAAUAAACGAAAUGGAAGUCCUUAGAUGUUGCAUCUGUAAAGAACUUGGAGCUACUAUUAAAUGUUCUGGGAAUGACUCGUGCAUGGCAUAUUUUCACUUAAUAUGUAUUCUUCAAAACUCAAACUAUACAUUACAAGAAGCUAAAUAUUUAUAUGAGGCUUCAAAAGUAAAAAUUUCAGAUAUUGGCACUAAAUAUGGUGACAUAUAUUGUGGUAAUUUGAGUAAGGAAGAAGUGAGAUCAGAGAAUUAUAUAGGCAAUUUUAUAAGUAAAGAUGACUCUAAAUUUACAAAUAUUAACAAUAAUGAAGAUUUACAAAGUCCUCAGAAAAAAGAAAAUUCUGCAAGUAGUUUGGAUAAAUUUGUAAUGAAGAUAAUUCCAAGAAUAAAAUAUCGCCGUGUAUGGUGUCAACAAUGCUGGAGCCAAUAUCAACAUAUUGUAGAGCCAGUGAGAAUAUCAGAUAACAUACUAUCUAAUAAUAAAGAUCAAAGUAAUCACUUACAAGAUAAUUACAUAGUCCCAACCGAAUUUUAUUACAAUACAACGGAAGGUCUAUCAGGUGGAAUAUGGUAUGCACUUGCUCGCUUACUAUCUGUUCACGUUAAGAUUUUAGAACCACAAGACUCUUGUGAAACAAAGGACUUUGAACAUUUAUAUCCAUUUUUGUAUAAUGAAGCUCAAAUAAAUAUUAAAUUAAAGCUGGAAAUAGAUAAACAAGAAUCCAAUUUAAUUCAUUCAGCACUAUAUAAAUUCAUUCAGUAUAUUAAUAUGAUUUUAUAUAAAAGAAAAAAAGGGAUUUUACAGGAAAAUUCCAAUCUUGAACUACUAGCUGAAAUAAUAAGAAAUAUAUCAGAAUAUACCUUGAAAAAAAGGAUAUAUUUGAAUCCAAAAAACUCCAACUACUCGAGAAUUUUUGAAGGGUCAGCUUAUGGAAUUCAAGUCAAUCCCAAUUUGUUACUAGUAAACCUUGGGAAAAUUACAAAUAAACUAAAUAUUGGGAAAUAUAGUUACUUUAUGUCUGGGUAUCAAGCAAUAAGAACUUGGUAUAUGCCAAAAUUACUAAGUAAAAAAUUUGGUAAUGAGAAAAUGACUCAGUUUUUAUUGAGUAUCAGCGAUCAAUUUAGUGGCAAAAACUUGAAUGAAAACAGAAGACUUAUAUUCUCAAUAGAAUGGUUACCAGACCCAUAUUUUUGGGGAUUAAUUAAUAACUCACUUGAGAUAGAUGAGAAAUAUUCUAGAGUAGAAAAGAAUAGAGACUAUUCAAGGUAUAUUUUUGAAAUUAAACCAAAGAUUGCUAAAGAUAUUGAGAUUGAAAAUAGCUCUUUUAUUUCAAAUAACGAAAAUAUAAUAAGACUUAUGAAAAUUCCCCUUAUUUAUGGAAGCAAUAUCAAUGAAGUUUAUAAUAACUUUCUUAAAUUUUCUACAAUGGAUAAUACUGAAGACCUAAGUAACACAGAACUGUCUGAAAUUGCACAAGAUUUAAUUUUUAAAAUAGAAGAUAAGUAUAAAGAUUCCAAUUUUAAAAGUAAUUCAAGUAAUUGUGAGCAAAGUAUAUAUAACUUAGACAACAAGAACUUGAAAGAUUCAAUAAAUAAUUCAACAAAUAUAGAAAGUAAAGAUGCUUUAACCUUUUUUGGUCUAAAUGAAAAGUUCAUUAACGACUUGGUACCACCUCUUUUAUACAAAUACUAUAUAAAUGAACUUAUUUUAAAUUCUCCUGCCGAUAUUGUCAACCCUUAUUUAUGGUCUAAUCAUCGGGUAAGUCAUGUAAAUUCAAAUAUUGACUUUGAAGGAAUCUCAGCAAGUCUGGAUGAAAGAUAUUACCCAUUAGCAUUAGGAGAAGUAGAACACAAUGGUGAAAAGAUAUGCGAAGAUAGCUACUCUAUACUACUGUUACAAACUUCAUUAAACAGUGAUUCAGAUAUUAUACUGAAUAAUACAUUUAAACAUUCAAACAUUCUGAAUAUUAGUAAUAGAAUAUCACGACGUCGAACUAAAGCUGAAGAUAUGACCCCAGCUAUGGCAUAUAGAUACUUAGAAUCUUUGCCUCCAGAUAAACGUCUCGAUGUUAAGAAAUCCAAAAUCCAUGGUUAUGGAUUAUUUGCUAAAGAAUGUAUUCAUCCAAAUGAGCCUAUUGUAGAAUAUGUUGGAGAAGUUAUAAGAAAUAGUGUUGCAGAUAAAAGAGAAAAAAUUUAUGAACAAGAAGGCCAAAGAGAUGGAUCCUGUUAUAUGUUCAGACUAGAUGAACAUCGCGUUAUUGACGCCACAAACUGUGGGAAUUUAGCAAGAUUUAUGAACCAUUGCUGCCAGCCAAAUUGUGUCUGCAAGGUAAUUACUUCAGAUGACGGGAACAAGCAUAUUGUUAUUUUUUCAAAAACUGAAAUUAAACCAGAUGAAGAGGUUACUUACGAUUAUCAGUUCAAUUUAGAGGAAGAAUCUGAAAAGAUCUAUUGCUAUUGUGGAGCUCCAAACUGCCUUGGAAGAAUGAAUUAA